AUGUCGAUCGCACUGGAGCGCGGGCGCGGGCUGGGCGGCGGCGGCGGCGGCGCCCCUCGGUUUGGCCGCGUCGCCCGCUGCGGCUACGCGGCUUCGCCGCCUGCGUCGGCCGGGCGCGGCGGCUCGUCCUCGGCGGGGCGGGACAGCGACAGCCCCGCGGCGGCGGCGCAGUGGGAGUGGGACGGCGAGGAGGUCGAGGGCGGCGACGGCGAGGUGCAGAGCUCGUACAAGGGCUCCCCCUUCGAGACCAUGGACGCGCUCCAGGAGGCCCUGCCCUUCAGGAAAGGGGUAUGCAAGUUCUACAAUGGAAAGUCUGGAUCUCUUGCAAAGCUUCAAGAUCCUGUAAAACCUUCUCUGCUGAAAGACCUUCCAAAGCCAGAAACACCAUCCCCUAGAAAGCGCAAAGGUCUUCUUCCAUUCAGUUUCAAAUGGGGCAAACCGCAGAAUAAAGAGGUAUUCCCCGAAGAUGAUGCAAUCAAAAGCCCCACAAACUGCAGGAGGAUGACUAUAUCGCCUGCUGCCACAAGCAGCUCAGGAAGCAACAGUGGCAGCGAUGACGAACAUAACCACUCCCAGAAGCUGUCUUCCCGUCGCCCACACAGAAGUCCCAGCAAUGCCAUGGGUGUUUUUGCUUCUCUGCCUGCACCUCGUCCACCCCAGCAGUUCUCAGCUCUCAUGAGAUCUCAGUCAAUGCUUGAUCUGCAGGAUGUGACAGACUCAACUGCCAUGGUCACUCCCAGGGACAAGCGCAUGAAGAAUUAG